AUGGAGAACUAUUACAAUUCUUCGUACCCGGGGUCUGGCGGCUCCUCGCCGCGCUCCCGUGAAAUCGACUUCGAGAAUCCGCCGCCGUGGGAGGACUCGCAGAACAAUCAACUUCCCCCAAAUUAUAAAGUGAAGUUCAUGUGCAGCUAUGGCGGCCAAAUCCACCCUCGGCCGAACGACAAUCAGUUGUCGUACAUAGGAGGAGAGACUAAGAUCUUGGCCGUUGAUCGGAGUGUUAAAUUCAGCUCUCUACUGUCAAAGCUUGUUGUGUUGUGUGACAGUGAUAAUAUUUCGUUUAAGUAUCAAUUGCCAGGUGAAGAUCUGGAUGCUUUGAUUUCGGUGACUAAUGAUGAUGAUUUGGAGCAUAUGAUGCAUGAGUAUGAUCGGUUGUACAGGGUGUCUCCAAAGCCAUCGAGGCUGAGGAUUUUUAUUUUUACUUCCCCUAAUCAGUCUUCGAAUUCAUCGGUUCGGAGUUUCGGGUCUGAUGAUCCGAAGUCAGAAAAAGAGAGGUUCGUGGAAGCGUUGAAUUCUGGACCGGUUAUGACGGCUCCGCCGCCGGCGGUGGUGACGGCUGUGUCUUCUCAGCCACCCCCGGCUAACAAUAAUGUGGACUACUUGUUUGGAUUGGAGAAAGGGGUUGGUAUGGUGCCUCAGCCACUGCAGAAGGUUGAGGUAGAUGACCGUUUUGAAGAAAGGUCGAUGGGGACGGAUCCAAUUCAGCAGCACAUUCGGGAUCUUGAGAGGCUGAGAAUUGAGGAGCAGCAGGGAGUGUACAGAAGAAGAAACGAUGAAAAUCCAGCGGGAGGAUUUGCCGGAGGCGAUUAUUACAAGGUGCCGGAGAAAUUGCCGCCAGUUUCCGUUCCUAGUGGCCCUCCUGGGUACUGGCAGGAGAAGCAAUUUGCUGGAGGAGUUUUCCCGUCGAGCACCCUCAACGCUGAACAGCCAGUUUACAUGAUUCAAGCUCCGGCAGGCGCGUACCACGCGCCGAUGAUGAGACCUGUUAGCGGACCAGCCGGUCAGGGUUACUACACAGUUCAGAGGAUGCCAUCGGAGGUUUACCGUGAUCAUCAGGCAUACAACGCUAUUCCGUCGGCAGCAAUGGCCCAACAAACUAUGCCGCCACAAGCGGCUCCGAAAAUGGCUGGAUAUUCCGAAGGUUACGGAAUGAUGAGACCUGUAACGGAGGCUGGGUACGGGCAAUUCGCGUACGAUACAGGGAUGGGGAGGCAGGUGAUGUACACUUCGCCAGGAGGAGUAAUGACGGCCCCGCCAAUGCAACCGGCGCAAUAUCAAGCCAUGGGUGCUGUUAGUGGUGAGAUGAGACAAGCUGAAGCAGGGGUUAGAGGUUGA